UACAGGCUUCAGCGGAGGAGGAAAUAUCCUGUUACUCUUUACUCUGUCGGAUUUUCUCGCGAUGAGGGCUGAGUUGAGACGGAGCUCGCGCCACUACACGGGCUGAGUUGAAACGGAGCUCGCGCCACACUUCCUCAAGUUCCUGACCGGAUAACUCGACUCACGCCACACUACACGUCCGUCGUCGAGGCGGACCACUUACCCGUGCUUUAAUCCACGUUAAUAUGGAGUCUGCGUCUACAAAAAAUACAUAUUAUAUCCUCGCUUCAGGGCAAAGGCAGUCCAUUUGAAGAGGUUGGGCUUUUAUUCACAGUGCCAAUAGAAUAGUUAUUCUUCGGAAAAAUGUGUUUUUCUUCCGUGUGGAGACAUCGACAGCCUCUGGAGAGGUAGGCUUACACAUGGCUUCAACAAAAAGGCUAAUAUGGUGGAUGCGUAGAGCAGCCCAGAGCUGAAGAUGGCUGGAACACACACAAUGGGGCCAUUGUCAAGAUGCCACCAAUCCAAUUUGCCAGUUAUUAUGGGAGUAGUAGUCCUCUACCUGCUGCUGUUUUCUGCCUGCUUCGGACAAGACACAGACGAUUGGCAAUAUGAGGAAUGUAAGCUCUCUCGCUCGGGUCCCCCGGCGACUAUUGUGGCCAUAGAUGAAGAGAGCCCAAAUGGCACGGUGUUGGUGGAGAACCUGCAGAUCAACGGCGUGGCGGAGGGGCCGGGCCAGACCAUCUUCCUGUCUCUGAGGGACAACGGGGAGCACUGGGUGAUCCUGGACCCCGGCCGGCAGGCCCUGUACCUCAACAGCACUGGCCGCGUGCUGGACCGAGACCCCCCCUCCGCCAUCCAAUCCCUGGUGGUGCAGGUGCAGUGUACUAACAAGCUUGGCACAUUGAUCCUGCAUGAGGUCCGCAUCGUGGUGCGCGACCGCAACGACAACGUGCCCAGCUUCCAGCAGCCACGCUACUACGUCUCCGUCAAUGAGCUGACCCCAGUAGGAACCACCAUCUUCUCUGGUUUCUGGGGGAACAACGGAGCGACGGACAUCGAUGACGGACCCAAUGGACAGAUAGAGUACACCAUCCAGUACAACCCCAUUGACCCGACGGCCAACCGUACCUUUGACAUCCCCCUGACUCUGGCGGGCUCGGUGGUCCUGAGGGAGAGGCUGAACUACGAGGAGAGCACCCGCUACCUGGUCAUCAUCCAGGCCAACGAGAGGGUUAACCCAGUCAACGUGACUCCGCCCAUCCAGGCCGUGGACCAAGACCGGAACAUCCAGCCUCCUUCUGAUAGGCCGGGAAUCCUGUACUCAAUCCUCAUUGGUAAGCCAGAGUCGUAUGUGGAGUACUUCAGUCUGAACAGCACCACAGCAGAGCUUGUGCUGCUUAACCCAAUCGACAGAGAACUGCACCGCAGGUUCGACCUGGUCAUUAAGGCUGAACAGGACAAUGGUCAUCCUCUCCCGGCGUUCGCCAACCUCCAGAUCGAGGUGUUGGACGAGAACAACCAGGCGCCGUACUUCCUGGAGACGGGGUACCAUGGUUACGUCAGCGAGGCGUCCCCGGUGGGGGCGACGGUGGCGUUGGACCCGGGCCUCUCGGCGCCGCUGGCUCUGGUGGCACUGGACAACGACGUCGAGGAGACCAGGGACCCUCAACUCCAGUACUCGGUGUCGGAGGGCCAAUCCUCGGUGUUCUCUGUGACUUCGGCGGGCCUCCGGAGGUACCUCACCCUGCUGCAGCCCCUGGACCGCGAGACCCGCCACGCAUACACCUUCCAGGUAACAGCGUCCGAUGGCGUACAGGAGAGUCUCCCGGUUACCGUGACAAUAGAGGUUCUGGACGCCAACGACAACACCCCGACGUUCUCCAACAUCUCCUACCAUGUCAACCUGUACACAGACAUGUUGCCUGCAGACGCCUUCCUGCAGCUGUCUGCAGUAGACGAGGACGCAGGUUCUAACGGGGAGGUGAUCUAUCGCAUCCUGGCAGGCGACCUGGGACACUUCGUCAUCAACCAAACGACUGGGGUCAUCACUGUGGCCAAAGGAGUCAGUCUUGCGGUGGGUCGGAGCUAUGCCCUGACUGUUGAGGCCAUGGACAGCUGCGAGGAACCCAACACAAGGUCAUCGAUCACUACGGUGUACAUUGACGUCUUGCCCCCUAACAACCAGAGUCCUCCCCGUUUCCCACGGCAACAGUUCAGCCUGGAGAUCAGUGAGGCUAUGAGGACCGGAGCCACCCUGCUGAAUCUACAGGCAACGGAUCGUGAGAGCGACCCCAUCACCUACAACAUUUUGAGUGGGGACCCUCACGGCCACUUCACCAUUCAACAGGGGCCAGGGCUGCUGGUUCUGGGGAAGCCGCUGGACAGGGAGACCCGGGACCACUACACCCUGGUGGUCGCGGCCUCAGACGGACGUCCCUCUGGGACUUCCACAGCGACGGUGGACGUCAUGGUAACCGAUGUCAACGACAACGACCCGCUGUUUGAUCUCUCGCUGCCGGUCAACCUAAGCGUCAGCGAGGGACGAGAGAACGCUUACGUUGGACGGGUCAAGGCUGUAGACCCAGACCUGGGCUCCAGCGGACAGGUGUUCUACCGGCUGGUCAACCUCCAGAGCCUCUUCUCCAUCAACGCCAGCGGAGCCAUCAGCACCUCCGCACCCCUGGACCGAGAGCUGAAGGGUCACUAUGAUCUGGUGGUGGAGGUGUGGGAUGGGGGCGCGGACCCGCGGCGCUCCAGGCUGGCGCUGUCCGUCACCGUGCUGGACGUGGACGACAACAGCCCCGUGUUCACCCAGCAGGCCUACGAGGUGGAGCUGCCCGAGAACAGCCCCAGGAACACCGCCAUACUGCAGCUACAGGCCACCGACACCGACCUCGCCGCCACCCUCACGUACCGGAUCAGAGCCAACAGCUCGGACCCACGGGUCGGCCAGCUGUUCCAGGUGCACCCGUCCAGCGGGCUGCUGUCUGUGCUGGAGGAGCUGGACUACGAGAACACCCCGGAGCACUCCUACACCUUCACCGUGGAGGCGCUGGACACUGGGGGGACCAUGCCCGCCGGGCUGGCCUCGGUCACCGUCCACAUCAUGGACAUGAACGACUUCCCUCCAGUGUUCAGCCGGUCAGCGUACCGUGGCAUGGUCGCCCCCAACGCUGUUAAGGGAACCAUCGUUACCACUGUGACGGCCACUGACUCUGACCCUUCGGGUACUCCUGCGGGGAUGGUGCGCUACAGGGUAGAUCAGCAGGCUCAUCUCUACCCCUCCAGUAUCUUCGACGUGGAGGAGACCACUGGAAACGUGGUGACCAGAGUCAACCUCAACGAAGAGCCGAAUCUCAAGUUCAGCUUGGUGGUUGUUGCCUAUGACGAUGGCGAGCCUGUGAAGGAGAACAGGACUCUAGUGGAGGUGACGGUGUUGCAGCCCUCCUCAAUCCCAGUCUUCACCCAGGAAGAGUACAGGUUCCCUCCAGUGAGCGAGCAGGCCCCUGUAGGGACCGACGUCGGAGCCAUACUGGCCGCCGCUGUCAAUCAAACCAUUGUGUAUUCCAUCGUCGAGGGCAACGACGAAGGUGUGUUUGUGUUGAACUCCACCUCUGGGGUCCUCUGCACUGCCAGACCCCUGGACUAUGAGGCCAACAGCAGCUUCAUCCUGCAGGUGGAGGCCCACUCCCUGGAGGUGGUCUCCUCCAACCUCCGCGCACCCUCCAGGGUGAACACGGCCAGGGUGCUGGUGGAGGUGGGCGAUGAGAACGACCAUGCCCCUGUGUUCUCCAGAGACGUCUACCUGGGAGGAGUCACCGAGGACGCCAAGACCUUCACCUCAGUGCUGCAAGUACAGGCCGUGGACAGGGACACGGGUAACUACAGUACAAUGCUGUACCACCUGAUCAUCCAGCCGCCAGCGGGCAAGGAGGCAAGGGACAGCAAGGACGGCUUCGUGAUGGAGCCUCUCAGCGGCCUGCUGAAGACCGCCAUCAUGUACCGCAACAAGCGCCGCCACCACUUCAAGUUCAAAGUGGUCGCCACCGACGACUACGGCCGGGGACACAGCAGCACGGCGGAGAUAGUGGUAUCAGUGGUGAACCUGCUGGACAUGCAGGUGAUUGUAUCAAACAUCCCCCCCACGCUGGUGGACAAAAACAAGGACAUACUGCUAAGCAUCCUGGAGAGCUACGUCCAGGAGCAGAUCCCGGGGGCCAAGGUCCUUGUGGAGUCCAUCGGGCCCCAUCGCCACGGCGACGGCCUGGAGCAGGAGGACUACUCCAAGUCUGACCUGAUGGUGUACGCCAUCGACCCCCUCACCAACCGGGCGGUGUCCCGACAGGAGCUCCACAAGUUCCUGGACGGUAAACUGCUGGACAUCAACAAGGACUUCCAGCUCCACCUGCCGCCCGGGGGACGCAUCCUGGAGAUCCGGACCCCCGACGUGGUGACCGGGGUCCGCAAGGCGACCCAGACGGUGGGCUACACCGAGGGGGCGCUGCUGGCCCUCGCUGUCAUCAUCAUCCUCUGCUGUGUGCCCGCCAUCCUGGUGGUGAUCGUCACGUACCGACAGUUUAAAGAGCGCCAGGAAGAAUGUGCCAAAACCGCCCGCAUCCAGAUGGCACUGCCAUCGGGCAAACCCGGUCGCGGCACAGCGAACAACCUCUACGAGGAGCUGGGGGACAACGCCAUACACAUUUGCCUUUUUUCAUACUUUUACCAUUCUCACUUUAUUCCACCUUUCUUUUGCAUUUCCAACCCCUUCCCACCCAUUCAUCCAUCCAUCUAUCCAUCCAUUCCCCAAUCAAUAUAUCAUCCAUCCCUCCAUCCAUCCACCCAUCUGUCCAUCCACCCACCACUCUGUCCCUCCACCCGUCCGGUAACCAGCCGGUCCGUGUGCGGUGGUGGGGGCGGCGGCAGUGUGGGCAGCCUGGAUGAAGGCGACCGCCAGCGACUGCUGUCGGACUUCGCCACGCGGGCCAUCGCCACGCACCGCCAGUGCACCGCCAACGGGGGCGUCCUCAACAACCUGCCCAAGUCCGAGUCCAACAUCACCUUCCUGUCCGACGAGAACCCCCUGAAGACCAAGAACCCUCUGUACCACGAGGACGGCACCCUGAGCAGCCCCGAGUGCCGGGGCCGCAGCCGCCGGAGGAGGGACCUCCUGGGGACCUUCGGGGAACCCACCAGGAAGGGCCUCCGGGGCGCCUGGCGGAGGUUCGGCUCCCUCUCCGGGGGGGACCUCAGCUUCGCGGGGGGCCACAGCCUCAGCGACAGCGUCAGCGGCUGGGGCGCCGGCGGUGGCCACAGCUGGACCCUGCCCUCCAGGCUCCACCGGCGGGAGGUGUUUGACGGCCUGCACCGGCAGGUGGUCAUGGACCCCGUGCAGUGGGAGCUGGAGAGGCUCAAGGCGGAGCUGGGCGAGAGCAAAGACGCGGGGAUGGACUCCGGCUUCGACCGCGGGCUGGACUCGGACCUGCUGGUGGGCAGUCCCGGCCAGGAGCCCAAGCUGUCGGUGAAGGAGCAGGCCCGGCACUUUGAGCAGCAGGCCCUCCAGGAGAAGAGGCUGAGGCAGUGCCGCGACUCCCGGGGGUCCCUGUCGGAUAUCAUCCUCGCCUCGUUCCCGGAUUCCCCCCAGCAUCAGUGGCGAGACUCGCCCACCCACCGGCCCUGCCCAGGCCCGGGGGGGGAGGGCCCCCCGAGUAUUGUCGUCACCCAGAAUGAUGAGGAGGAGACCCCUCCGCCCAGCCACAAGCCCACCCCUCCCGUGCUGCGGCGCUUCGGGGCGAGCAUGACGGCCGGCAGGAGCCCCGAUGAGAGGUUCCAGGUGCACCUGGAGGUCAUCCCCGAUCCUCCCUGCACGCCUCCUCCUCCGCCUCCUUCUUAUUCCCCGCCUCCCCAUCCCUCAUCUCCUCCACCCCCCUGCCCCUCUACCCCUCCCUCCUCCGCCUCCCCACCACCCCCUCCUCCUCCCCCUCGCCCUCCCUCUCCCCCUCCUCCCCCUCCCCAUCCUCCUCCCCCGCCGCCGCCUCCCCUCCCUGGCCACCUGUCGCCUCCGCGGCGCCGCCCCUCCCCCUUCGUCCUGCCCCCCCUGACGGAGGCCCCCGCCCUGCGGCCCGUGUCCCUCCGCGCUCCCCCUCCGCCGCUGCCCUCGGCGCAGGAGGAGGAGCCGCGCCGGGAGCGCAAGGGCAUCCUGAAGAACAUCCACAACAUCGCCGCCAUCGAGAAGUCCGUGGCCAACAUGUUCAGCCAGAUCGACCAGAAGCCGGUCCCCCUCAAGCGAGCCAUGAAGGGGCAAGCCUCCAUAGACUCCCUGGACGUGGUGAUAGAAAUGGGUGGAGGCGGUGGAGAAGGAGAAGGAGGAGGGGAUGACGCUGGGAGAGAAGGCGAAGGGGUAGGAGGAGGAAUGGCCGAAGGAGAGGCAGAGAUGGCGCCGUUGCCUCCUCAGAUCCAGCCCACUGGAAACAUGAACUCCAUCAUGAAGGAACUGGAGAAGCGCUUUCCUUCUCAGUCUACGGUGCUCUAGUCUUGCUCUAUCUCUCGCUCUCUCUUUCUUUCUCACUGCUGCGUAAUCUGCUCUACCUCUCUGAUGGGGGAAGCACUCGAUGGUAGACUGUCCAGAAGGUGUUUCGUUCGUCUCUACGGAGAUGUCAAGCUUAAAUCGCCACUUUGGAUCCGUAAUGAUUGCUGCUCGCAAUUCCACGUUUACGUUUUUGGUUUUAAUUUUAUAAAGGAAACAAGGAUUUCUACUUGGUAGAAGGUGAACAAGGCCCCAUUUUGGAGUGGAGCAGCACUGCCUGUGUUUUUGCUACUUGCCAGUUCAAUAUUUCAACUUCAUCCAAUUAUAAUCCCAAGUGAUUCUCAUAUUUUUUUGGCACGCAGUUUAUCAAAGGCCUCCUCCGUCACAUACACUGGCCUUGCUUAACCAUUCUCAUUUCAUUUCAUGUUAUUCAUCCUUUAAUCAAGACCCAGAAGUGAGUCAACAUAGUGUUAUUUGCUAGUAUAACUCAGCAUCACAUGAGACAAUGAGUUAUGAUCCAUGACAGUGAAGUGGCUGCUAUGCUACAGUUUGUUUCAGAGUAGUCCCAUGGGGGUUUUAAAACACAAGGCCAAGAUCAAAGAUGCCUGACCAGGAGCACAUUUUUAUAAAAACUGCCCAAAGGUAAGACUAUGAAGUUAAAGAGUAGUGCAUUUAUACGAAUUAUAGUCAAA